GGCAGUGUACCUUCGUGUGUGCGUGCUCUACCUACAUGUCUGAGGUAUGGUGUGGUUGUCAUAUCUGGGCAUCUCCAGUGUGUGUGGUAGGCAAACAUGUCUCAUGUUGGAGGAAGGGAGAUGUCUCAGGUGUGUAUGAGUGAGUGUGUGCCACCGUGUAGCUCAGGUCUAAAAGGGAAGUGUUUCUGGGUGUCUGGGUGUGUGAUGUGCAUGAUAUUUCAGAGUCAGGAUGGUAACAUACCUGGAGUCUGUAGUAGGAGCAGACAGCAUGCUAAAAUUGCAGGUGUGAGCAGGGCAGGUUACUCAGCGGUGAAGGGACAGAGUACCUGGAUGCUGUGGGCACAGGGAACAUUCUACCUGGGAUUUGUGUGCGUGAGUGGCAGGGAUCCUGGCUGUCUCUGCUGUGUCCCUACCUCUGUACCUGAGGGUUUCUGAUGACUUGCAGGUGCAGCUGGAGACCUGGUCUCUCUAGGACCUACCCUGGGCUGAACAUCUGAAGGAGAGUGCCAUCAUCCUUAGGGACUCCUUCUCCGGACAUGCUUCCUGAGGCCGGCUCCCUGUGGCUACUGAAGCUGCUCCGGGACAUCCAGUUGGCCCAGUUUUACUGGCCCAUCCUUGAGGAGCUUAAUGUCACUCGGCCAGAGCACUUCGACUUUGUAAAGCCCGAGGACCUGGACGGCAUUGGCAUGGGUCGGCCUGCCCAGCGCAGACUGUCUGAAGCUCUGAAACGGCUACGUUCCGGGCCUAAGUCUAAGAACUGGGUCUACAAGAUCCUUGGAGGUUUUGCCCCUGAACACAAGGAGCCCACCCUGCCCUCGGACAGCCCACGGCACCUCCCUGAGCCAGAGGGGGGCCUCAAGUGUCUGAUCCCAGAGGGUGCUGUUUGCAGAGGGGAGCUGCUGGGUUCUGGCUGCUUCGGUGUGGUGCACCGAGGGCUGUGGACGCUGCCCAGUGGCAAGAGUGUCCCAGUGGCGGUCAAGUCCCUCCGGGUAGGUCCCGAAGGCCCGAUGGGCACAGAACUGGGGGACUUCCUGAGAGAGGUAUCGGUCAUGAUGAACUUGGAGCACCCACACGUGCUGCGUCUGCACGGCCUUGUACUGGGCCAGCCUCUGCAGAUGGUGAUGGAGCUGGCGCCACUGGGCUCCCUGCACGCGCGCCUAACGGCCCCGGCCCCGACACCCCCGCUGCUCGUGGCCCUGCUCUGCCUCUUCCUGCGGCAGCUGGCGGGAGCCAUGGCGUACCUGGGGGCCCGCGGGCUGGUGCACCGAGACCUCGCUACGCGCAACCUGCUGCUGGCGUCGCCGCGCACCAUCAAGGUGGCUGACUUCGGGCUGGUGCGGCCUCUGGGCGGUGCCCGGGGCCGCUACGUCAUGGGCGGGCCCCGCCCCAUCCCCUACGCCUGGUGUGCCCCAGAGAGCCUGCGCCACGGAGCCUUCUCGUCUGCCUCGGACGUGUGGAUGUUUGGGGUGACGCUGUGGGAGAUGUUCUCCGGGGGCGAGGAACCCUGGGCCGGGGUCCCACCGUACCUCAUCCUGCAGCGGCUGGAGGACAGAGCCCGGCUGCCUAGGCCUCCCCUCUGCUCCAGGGCCCUCUACUCCCUCGCCUUGCGCUGCUGGGCCCCCCACCCUGCCGACCGGCCUAGCUUUUCCCACCUGGAGGGGCUGCUGCAAGAGGCCUGGCCUUCGGAAGGAUGCUGUGUGAAGGAUGUCACAGAGCCAGGCGCCCUGAGGAUGGAGACUGGUGACCCCAUCACAGUCAUCGAGGGCAGCCCCGACUCCACAAUCUGGAAGGGCCAGAAUGGUCGCACCUUCAAAGUGGGCAGCUUCCCAGCCUCGGCGGUGACGCUGGCAGAUGCGGGGGGCUUGCCAGCCACCCGUCCAGUCCACAGAGUCACCCCUGCCCGGGGAGAUCAACACCCAGGAGGCAUAGAUGGAGACAGAAAGAAGGCAAAUCUUUGGGAUGCGCCCCCAGCACGGGGCCAGAGGAGGAAUGUGCCCCUGGAGAGGAUGAAAGGCAUUUCCAGGAGUCUGGAGUCAGUUCUGUCCCUGGGUCCUCGUCCCACAGGGGGUGGUUCAAGCCCCCCCGAAAUUCGACAAGCCAGAGCUGUGCCCCAGGGACCCCCAGGCCUGCCUCCACGCCCACCUUUAUCCUCUAGCUCUCCUCAGCCCAGCCAGCCCCCUAGGGAGAGGCUUCCCUGGCCCAAAAGAAAACCCCCACACAAUCACCCCAUGGGAGCACCUGGAACCAGUAAAGCCGCUGCCCUCUCUGGAGGCCUCCUGCCCGAUCCUGAGUUGCAGAGGAAGAUUAUGGAGGUGGAGCUGAGUGUGCAUGGCGUCACCCACCAGGAGUGCCAGACAGCACUAGGAGCCACUGGGGGAGAUGUGGUUUCUGCCAUCCGGAACCUCAAGGUAGACCAGCUCUUCCACCUGAGUAGCCGGUCCAGAGCUGACUGCCGGCGCAUCCUGGAGCAUUACCAGUGGGACCUCUCAGCUGCCAGCCGCUAUGUCCUAGCCAGGCCCUGAGCUCAGCUUCUGCGGGCAUGGACACCAGCAUGAAAAGCCUAGGCCCCUGAGGGCCUGGCCACAUGGGACCAGGCAGAACCAGAACAAGGUCCUGACAGGGGUAGACUUUCCACCUGGGGAGAUCCCACCUGCUGUAGGCACGUGGAGGAGCCCAGGGUUGGACACUGGCAAAUGUCUUCUCCCUCCCAUGCUCCUUGGCUUCUGAAGGCUGAAGCUCCUUUGGCUGGGCCAAGAAGGAUCUAGUCUGCCCACUACAUUCUCAAACAAGAGGACUUGGAGGAAAAGAGCUGCUAUACAUCAUAUGCAGAGGAAGCUUCUACGCGCUAGAGAGGAUGAAGGGACCACGCUGGACCAUGCGAACAGCCAUCCUGAACUGCCAUCAGCUACCACACUGGACUCCACAGGGCAGCCAUCCUGGAUGAUGGAAGCCGCCAUAUUGACUUGGGGUAUAGGCCCAAACUGCCUUCGUUUGGUCCAGGGCCAUCGUGGGUGAUGACGAUUGCUCUCUUGUACUCAAGGACAUUUGAUGCUGGUAGUAUGGACUAUGAGAUGGGCUAGCCCCUACCCCAGCCCAGCUCUCACAUUCCCCUUUGUUUUUUCCCAUACACCAACUCCUUCUACCCUCCCCUAUUACAUACAUCUUUCAAUGUCCAAAAAGUUACAAAGUUUAUAUGAAUGUAA